AAUGCUUCUAUGCCUCACUUGAGAAACCACAGGUUGGUGAAUUCAGUGUUCACAUAAUCCUAAACUUUCUAGUAUAUAUAUAGUGAUUUUGUUAUACAUAUAUACUCCCCACAUAUCUCAAAUCUUCUGGUCAAUUUCAUCAGCAAUCUUAGGCCAAAAUAUAUCAACAUGGCUGUCAUCAAUUUGAGCCAGGAGUUUACUAGUCCAGUAGAUGCAGCAAGAUUGUUCAAGGCCUUGAUCAUCGACUCCCACAACCUCAUCCCAAAACUCAUGCCUCAGGCCAUUAAGAGCAUCGAAAUCAUUGAGGGCGACGGAGGAGCUGGAACCAUAAAAAAGAUCAAUUUUGCUGAGGGUACUCGUUUCAAGUACAUGAUUAACAGAAUAGACACCUUGGAUGUAGAAAACUUGAUGUGCAAGUACACUCUGAUUGAAGGCGAUGUGUUGGGGGACAAGAUUAAUUCUAUUGCUUACGAGGUGAAGUUCAUACCUUCUGCAAUUGGAGGAUGUGUUUGUAAGAUGAUGAGCGAGUACCAAGCUGUUGGUGACUUUGAGAUCAAUGAGGAAGAGAUCAGGGGUGGCAAGGAAAGAGCAAUGGGCAUGUACAAAGUAGUUGAAGCUUACCUCUUCGAAAGUCCUGGUGCUUACGAGUAGUUGCAGUCUCUUGCCUGAUCUUUCUUUCCUUUUCGGGUCAACUUUCACAAUUCAAGUAGCCAUCUUCAUCGAGUGCCAUACAUUGUAAAUUUCUAGUCUUUGUUCGACUUGGACAUGAGAUUAGAAUAAACUUGGUGAUAAUUACAGAAGUUUAUGGUUAACCUGUAUCUGCUAAAGCUAUAGAAUACUUGUUUCUGUUUGAUGCUUAAGGUCAAAACAAAUGUGC